AAACAUAUUGAGCUGUCUCCAACGUGGCACGAUAGGGUGUCAAUUUUAAAUUUUAAAAAAAAAAAUCUUAACACAUAAGCUUCAUCUUCCACCUCCACCAACUUUCCUUCUCAUUCCAUUUCUACGGGUGAGUCGCUGCCUUCCUUUACUUCCCCCAAAUAAUCACAAACCAAUGGUAAUUAGGUCAACUAUGGAUUUAACAUCAAUGCCUAUGGAACUGACAGGAAGGGGAAAAGAGACCAUUCCUGCUACCUUGGUCGGUAUUCACACUGUCAUUGACUGCACCACUGGUUGUCCCGAGGAGCCUAUCAAAACCGUAACCAACCCCCCCUCCACUCACCUUUUCAUUUAAUUUCCUUUCCUUUGCACACAUUUUAUACAAUUCAUUCAUACAAACAUAGGUAGACUGGGAAGGAAAAGUGGCUCUCGUACAAUGUGCCAAGGCAAUGGGCAUUCAGAAAUAUGUCUUCUACUUCAUCCACAAUUGUGACAAACAUCCCGAGGUUCCCCUCAUGGAAAUCAAGUAUUGCACUGAGAAGUUCCUCCGUGAUUCUGGCCUCAAUCACAUUGUCAUCCGCUUAUGCGGUUUCAUGCAGGGUCUUAUUGGUCAGUACGCAGUUCCCAUCCUUGAAGAAAAAUCUGUUUGGGGAACUGAUGCCCCCACCAGAAUAGCUUACAUGGAUACUCGGGUAAUUUAUGUACCACAAUUCAUCUUCCUCCACGCUUUCUUUCCCACUUCAUGUUUCCUUUCUAAUCGCUCUGCCUCCACCCUUAGGAUAUAGCUCGCUUGACAUUUAUAGCCAUACAAGAUGAGAAAUUAAUUGGUAAACUUCUAAAAUUCGCUGGUCCCCGUGCUUGGACAACCCAAGAGAUAAUCAACUUAUCUUCUUCUGUUGCUAUUCUUUUUCUCCAUCUCCUUCUUCAUUCCUCCUUUUACUGUCAGGUAAUAACCUUGUGCGAGAGGCUCGCUGGCCAAGAUGCUAAUUGAUUUACUGUU